UGAGAGAUAACGUUUUUUUCAGAGGGAAAAUGGUAGAAAAGACAUUAAUUCAGAGAUAUGUCCAGAUAUUUAUUGUAGUUUCUGUUUAUUGGUUUGUGUCGAUAACCCUAGUUUUUGUAAAUAAAUCCCUGCUGAGCGGAGGAGAGAAAUUAGAUGCACCAUUAUUCGUUACCUGUUACCAGUGUAUUGUUACAGUUGCAGCAUGUUACGUUCUCAGAUUUCUUGCUCGCUUAAUACCAGAUAAAGUAGAAUUUCCAGACCUUUCACUAGAUAUCAAUAUAAUGAAGCAAGUUUUGCCACUCUCUAUUGUAUUUGUUGGUAUGAUUACUUUCAACAAUCUUUGUUUGAAGCAUGUUGGAAUAUCCUUCUAUUAUAUUGGCAGGAGUUUAACAACGGUAUUUAAUGUUCUCAUGACCUUCUUUAUCCUCGGACAGAAAACAUCGUUAGCAGCUAUUGCAUGCUGUGGAGUCAUUGUUGGUGGAUUCUACCUCGGAGUUGAUCAAGAGGAUGCUGCAGGAUCCUUCUCCCUCUCCGGAACUCUUUACGGAAUCCUCGCUUCACUUUUCGUUUCACUUUUCGCCAUCUACACAAAGAAAGUUCUUCCUGUCGUUGAUGGAAAUAUUUGGUCUCUAACCUUUUACAACAAUGUGAAUGCCUGUAUCCUUUUCCUGCCUCUCAUGCUUAUCUUUGAUGAAUUUUCAGUUCUCGUUCAAUUUGAGCACAAAACCAGUCUCCAGUUCUGGAUAAUGAUGACAAUCGGAGGAGUUUUUGGCUUUGCUAUAGGAUACGUCACUGGUUUACAGAUUAAGGUUACCUCUCCUCUCACCCAUAAUAUCUCGGGAACUGCUAAGGCUGCAGCACAAACUGUUCUUGCAACAUACUGGUUCUCCGAGAUUAAAUCCGCCUGGUGGUGGUUCAGCAACGCAGUGGUGCUCUUGGGUAGUGCUGCCUUUGCGCUUGUUCGACAAAAGGAGAUGGCUAUAGCGCAGGCACUCAAAACCAACUCUUCUAAGGUGGAUUCCGAAAUCCAGAAUAAGGUGUGAUCUGUUGAGAACAAUCUACCAAAUCUUCACUGUGAUACUUGUACAUACAUAUUUGACGUUUGUGAUUUUCACGAUGAGUUGUUGAAUAAAAUGUUUUUAAAUUUU